AUGUUUGAUCUGUUUACCAACUCCUUGGCUGCCCACAGCUUGUGGUGUGUGCAGCUCAUCCCCCAGAUAUGGACCAACUGGCGGACAAAGAAGACGGACGGUCUGCCGGGUAACAUGAUGUUUUUGUGGGCUCUCAGUGGUGUCCCGUUCGGCGUCUAUUCAGUUGCCCAGAAUUUCAACAUCCCUCUUCAAGUCCAGCCGCAAAUAUUUCUCACUCUCUGUCUGGUAAGCUGGGCACAGACGUUGCUGUACCAUAGGAGAUGGCCAACAUGGAGAGUCUGGUUCACGGCCCUCAUUGUAGCCUCGGUAUUUGCGAGCGUUGAGGCAGCUCUGAUCCUGACCUUGAAGCCCAUUUACGAGGCUGGCAACGAGGCUCCGAUAUUGGUCGUGGGCAUAGUAGCUGCCGUCUUGCUCGCGGCCGGCCUUCUACCGCCAUACGGCGAGAUCUGGAAGCGCAGAGGAAGAGUGAUUGGUAUCAACUGGAUCUUCCUCUCCAUGGACUGGCUCGGUGCUUUCUUCUCACUCAUGGCCCUUGUUGCACAGGAGACCUUUGACAUCUUGGGCGGGGUGCUCUACAUUGUGUGUUGUGUUCUCGAGAUCGGGAUAUUCCUGUCCCACCUCGUCUGGCUGGCGCGUACGUACAAGAUUCGAAAAAUCGCAGCUGCCCACGGCAAGACGUUUGACGAUCUUGCCGGUGAGUACGAACAAAGUGGGAUCCCCGUUCAAGUUCGCCCAAAGAAAGGGCCGAGAACAGGGCGGGCACUCCAAGCGAAAGGCACGCGAGACACCGAGUACUACCUCCGCGGCUGCUAAGGAGUCCUCCACCGACAGGACUACCUCCCUACGAGACUCCCAAGUGCCUCGCAUGGGAUGUAGCCUGGCAGAGAUUGCGGAUGAUCGAGUGUAGGAAUCCUGGUGGCUAGGAGGGCAGAUAAUGCCGCGGGAUGAUCUAAUGAGCAUGCUCCCUUUUUUUUCCUAGACGGUGUGAGGUUGAGGCAUCAACGAUAGACGUGAGGUUCAGUAUAGACUUUACUUAAUUGCGUUUAAAUAGACCGGAUAGGCUAGAUCCCUAGCCCUUUAGAGUCCAACUGCAGUGUUGAAGGGAUCAUCAAGCAUUCGCUAACUGCUCACUAGCCAGGUAAGAAUGGCAAUGAAUGGGACUGGAGUCAUUGGAGUCAGCCGUCGGACACUGGCUAAGAAUUCUCAGAAUAAGGGUCUGCCAGUUACAGGACCC